AUGAAAAUGCCACGAGUUGUGAUUGGAAUGUCCGGCGGUGUGGAUAGUGCUGUUUCGGCGUUUUUGCUGAAAAAGCGAGGAUUCGAUGUUAUAGGAUUACAUAUGAUUAAUUGGGAUGUUCAGGAAGAAGGGACAUCACAUUGUCCACGUUCGAAAGAUGAAUCAGAUGCCAGAAAUGUUUGCGAUCGUUUGAAUAUUCCAUUUCAUACUGUUAAUUUUGUUAAGGAGUAUUGGAAUGAUGUUUUCCUAAAGUUUCUCGAAAAUUACAAAAAUGGACGAACUACAGUACCUGAUAUAGACUGUAACCAAUCGAUCAAAUUCGAUGUGUUUCAUAAAAUAGCACGGGAAAAGUUCAAUGCAGAUUUCAUUGCAACUGGCCACUAUGCAACUACAAAUUUUGGAGAUUUUCAGCAAAAUGCUAAAGAUUCGGAUGAAAUUCGUCUGUUUUCCGGAAAAGAUCCUUUGAAAGAUCAGACAUUUUUCUUGUGUACAGUAAACCAGGAGCAGUUGAAAAGAGCAAUGUUCCCAUUAGGAUCUCUACAAAAAUCAGAAGUGAAGCGAAUUGCAGAAGAACAGGGAUUUCAGGAAGUUGCCAAAAAACCCGAGAGCAUGGGAAUUUGUUUUAUUGGAAAGAAAAAACGAUUUUCGGAUUUUCUAGAUGAAUAUAUCGAACCCAAGCCAGGACGCAUUUUAUUGAAAAACGGAUCAGAGAUUGGGAAUCAUCAUGGAAUCCAUCAAUUCACAAUUGGAAAACGAAUAAAUGGGAAAUAUUUAGAAGCACGAAGCCAUUUGGGAUUUUUCGUAUCCCAUAUUCAUUCAGAUACGGGGGAUAUUAUAGCAUGUGAAGGAUCUCACCAUCCAGAUCUCUAUGCUUCUAGAUUUCUGAUCAACCAUCCAAAAUGGAUCCGAACUUUUGAUCCUUUCAAUCGAAUAUCUUCUAAUAACUUUCUAUGUCGAAUUCAAAGAACACAUCCUCCGAUUCCAUGUGUCGCUGAGAAACAGGAACAAUUCCUAUCAGUGAUACCACGACUAGCUCUUCGUGCAACUGCACCUGGGCAGAUGUGCGUCUUCUACAAUACCAAAAACGAAUGCCUUGGUGGAGGAGAGAUUAUGAAUAUUCAAGAAACUUUAUAAUCCUGUUAAUUUCACUCUUGAUUCUUGUUUUCGUUUGCAAGAUAUAUAAUAGUAAAUGAACUUAUAAUAAUA